AUGCCUGCCCUGCUUGGCGCUUCACUUGGAUCUUCACUUGAUCUGAAAUCGAAGAUGAGCAUUUGGGUGAUUUUCACGGCCAUUUCAUGUUGGCUAAUCGUGGCAGCAUCGGCAGCAAAACAGCCCAGUGAACUGGAGCCUCAGCGAGUUAUAGUGCACACCACAAGAGGUGACGUGCGAGGGUUUCACGUUCAGAAUGCACUGCUGAAGAAUAUGUACCGAGGCGAGGGGGACGUGUUUCUUGGUGUACCGUAUACCGAGCCACCCGUAGGCGAGAGACGCUUCAAGAAGCCGCAGCUGAUUGGCAACUACGAUAAACUGAUCGAGGCCAACAAAUACGGUGCCAUAUGUCCGCAGUUCGAGGGUGAGAAACACGCCGGAAAAUACCACACCGGUAUGGCCGAGGAUUGUCUUACGCUGAACAUCUUCACUCCAAAUGCGACAAAUAAUGGCGCUAAAUAUCCGGUACUGGUCUAUAUUCACGGUGGAGGCUUCAAAUUCGGCGAUGUAGCGGAGUGGAUGUAUCACGGCAUCGUGAGUAAUAUCGUUCGGCGUCAAGUUAUCUUCGUCUCAUUCAACUAUCGUGUCGGCAUGUUGGGUUUCUUCACAACCUUUACCGAGGAGUUCCCACCGAAUCGUGGCAUCUGGGAUCAGAUCACGGCACUCCACUGGAUCCAUCAGGAGAUCACCAACUUCGGAGGCGAUCCCUCGAAAGUGACGCUAAUCGGUCAUUCGGCCGGAGCCUGCAGCGCCUCGUCGUUGGCGCAGUCGCCUGCUGUGGACAGCUCUCUUUUCCGAGGCGUGAUCCUGUUGAGUUGUGCUGCUGAGGUGUGUUUCGAUAACGUUUACGGCCGUUUCACACAGUCGCUGGAUCGCGCUGAACAGACGUUCCGUUGGAAUACGGUGGUGGACGGUGAGCUAUUCACAGACGUUCCGUCGAAAAUGAACUGGAAAAAAAUUCCCGUUCUGAUGGGCUCUACCGAGGACGAAUAUGCACUAUAUGCUGAAUGGGCUCUAUCAGCGGGCAAAACAAAAUUAUCGGAUUAUACGGCCGAAUUCGCUGCGAAGACUAUUCGACAGUGGGUGACGUUGAUAUUUGGCUCGGAACAUGCGGAGAGAGUUUUGGAAUUGGUACAAAAAGAGUACCCACCACCGUCGAAAGCAGCUCCGAAUAUCGAGCAGACCAAAUAUAUGAACAGGGUUAGUCAAGUUUCCCAGGUUUUGGGAAAGUUACCCGAAAUUCGACGUACUCGCAGAGAUUUACCCGCAGAUUUUCAGGUGCUCUCCGAUCUGAUCUAUAUCCGUGCUGUGGGUGAUGAGGCCAGAAUGCACCUGCAACAAGGCAACCCGAAUGUUUGGCUUUGGCAAAUCGCUUUCCACACGGAUUACUAUUCGUUCUACACGUAUCCGGACUACAAACCCGUUUUCCAUGGAAUGGAGCUGUUUCUGCUGCUGCAACCGGAUUACGCGUGGACCGAUGGGGAUCAACCGAAACGUUGGGGUAAAGCCGAGGAGAUGGCCGCCGAUCGAAUUGCCCAGGAAUUCACGGAUUUCACAAAAUACGGAAAGCCAUCAGCCAGCUGGGAGUCACUGAACAUCAAACAAAUGAAUUUCUGGCGUUUCGACGGCAAGGACCUAGUGAAUAAUCGUACAGAGCGAUUCUAUGCGAGCGGCUACGGGGGCCGGGGUUAUGCCUUCUGGCGACGGGUCGCCGAGGCCGUCCGAUCCGGAAAUUUGGCCGAUUUCGACGACGCGGCGAAACACUCGGAACUUUGA